UAGCGUGCUGGAUUGGGGGGAGUGGGCGGGGCUCCGGCUGCACACAGGUGGAGCGCUCCUGCUCUCUCCGUGGUGCUGAAAGAUUCUAUCACUCCGGAACCGUGUCUCCCCCACCGAAGCCUAACCCCUGAGUCCCCCUCCACUAUCCUCCACGAGCCCCCACCACCUUGGCAACUUGACGCGCUCGUCUUUCUACAUCGGCCAGUAGAUCUUAAACAUGGCUGUGCGUGGAUUAAGGGACUGCGCAAAGCAAAAACGGACUUACUGGAGCACCGCUUUGUGACAGAGGAAGCAGUCUUUGCACACUGAACGUCUUCAUCCUCUCCUUGUUCAGGCUCUAUUGGAUCUCCAGGAUAUCGAGGCGUUUCUUUUGGGGGGGAAGCACAAGGAAAACUCGAAUUAUUUGGAUUAUACUAACAAUAUGCACACACACCACUUGCGUUUCUUACACUAGAGUAGUCGUGCAGAUCAUUUUUGGGAGAAGGAAAUGGAGCCUGGGCGCAACGAGGGAGCUGUUCCAAAGACUAAAGAGGGACUGAAACAAAUUGCGGGAAAGGCCCUCGGAGGUCUGUACAGGAGGUUGGAGAAGCGGCAGCAGACGGGCGAGGCCAUCGAGCUGACCGAGGAUGGGCGGCCCCGGGCCGAGCAGGGCCGCAGGGGGCCCCUGUGUGACUGCACGUGUUUCGGACUCCCGCGCAGGUACAUCAUCGCCAUGCUGAGCGGCCUGGGCUUCUGCAUCUCCUUCGGUAUCCGCUGCAACCUGGGCGUGGCCAUCGUUAGCAUGGUCAACAACAGCACCAUCCACCAGAACGGCAAGAUCAUUAUUAAAGAGAAAGCCAAAUUCAACUGGGAUCCAGAGACGGUGGGGAUGAUCCACGGCUCCUUCUUCUGGGGUUAUAUCGUCACCCAAAUUCCAGGAGGAUACAUUUCUUCCAGACUGGCUGCCAACAGAGUUUUCGGGGCUGCAAUCGUGCUGACAUCCACCCUGAACAUGUUCAUCCCCUCUGCGGCCCGCGCGCACUACGGCUGCGUCAUCUUUGUGAGGAUAUUACAAGGCUUGGUUGAGGGCGUGACUUAUCCAGCAUGUCAUGGAAUCUGGAGUAAAUGGGCUCCUCCACUGGAAAGGAGUCGUCUGGCAACCAUCUCUUUCUGUGGAUCCUACGCCGGUGCGGUCAUAGCCAUGCCUCUGGCUGGAAUCUUGGUGCAGUACACAGGGUGGUCGUCAGUCUUCUAUGUGUACGGUACCUUUGGUUUAAUCUGGUACAUGUUCUGGAUCUUGGUGUCCUACGAGAGCCCGGCCGAGCACCCAACCAUCACAGAAGAGGAGCGCCGUUAUAUCGAGGAGAGCAUCGGCGAAAGUGCCCAGCUGAUGGGUGCCAUGGAGAAAUUCAAGACCCCCUGGAGGAAGUUUUUCACCUCUAUGCCCGUCUAUGCAAUUAUUGUGGCAAACUUCUGCAGGAGCUGGACCUUUUAUCUGCUGCUCAUCAGCCAGCCUGCCUACUUUGAAGAGGUGUUUGGCUUUGAAAUAAGCAAGGUUGGAAUAGUGUCAGCGCUCCCCCACCUGGUCAUGACCAUCAUCGUGCCCUUAGGAGGCCAGUUAGCCGACUACUUGCGUACGCACAACAUCAUGUCCACCACGACGGUCCGCAAGAUCAUGAACUGUGGAGGAUUCGGUAUGGAGGCCACCCUCCUCCUGGUGGUUGGUUAUUCUCACAGUAAGGGGAUAGCCAUCUCCUUCUUGGUGCUGGCGGUGGGCUUUAGUGGCUUUGCAAUAUCAGGUUUCAACGUCAAUCAUUUAGACAUCGCUCCACGCUACGCCAGCAUCCUCAUGGGCAUUUCCAAUGGGGUGGGCACCCUGUCAGGGAUGGUCUGCCCUCUAAUCGUGGGAGCCAUGACAAAGAAUAAGACGAGGGAAGAGUGGCAGUAUGUCUUCCUGAUUGCCUCCCUGGUGCAUUACGGUGGCGUGGUGUUCUACGGUAUCUUCGCAUCCGGGGAAAAACAGCCAUGGGCCGACCCUGAGGAGACCAGCGAUGAGAAGUGCGGCUUCAUUGACGAGGACGAGCUGGCCGAAGAGACGGGUGACAUCACGCAGGCUUACGGCGCCAUGGGCGGCCCCGCGAAAAGCUACGGAGCCACCGCACAACUCAAUGGAGGAUGGGUGCAGGACUGGGAUAAGACAGAGGAGUAUGUUCAGGAACCGGCCGGGAAGAUGUACUCGGAGCGAGGCUAUUCUUGAGAGGAUAUAUGUCCAAUUUCCAUCCCAAAUUGCACAAUCGAACAUUAUAGAUAGAUGAAUUCAUUCUGUGUAUUCUAGUUGUACGGCAGUUCUAGUUUCUAACGGCUGGUGUAAAGGGGAGCCCAUGUUAGCUUCUCACACACUUCUCCUCACAUCUACAGUCAGCGUAGGGAGGUCGCAAAGGAAGCCGCAGGCUUGUGUUGUAGUCUUAGGCACCCACAACUCAUCAGUUUACUUGAACAACAUGAGCCAGAUGACACUGCAGUAGACCAUCACACAAGGUCUCUCUCUCUCUCUCUCUCUCUCCUAUUGCACUGAAACUAUCAUAACAAUUCUAAAAGACCAAAAAAAAAAAGCUGAUUAUAUUGUGUUUUAUGUACUGUAUAUACCCGUAUACUGUUUCUGUGAGACUAUUGUGGAUUUGGGUCGUUGAUCUGUGUUUAACCUUGAUAUAAAAAGGCCAUAUUUUUCAUGGACAGCACCUUUUCAGGGAGAUGUCUGCUUGCAAAAAAGGUCUCCUGCUCCAGCGAGACCUGUUAA